AAAUAUUCUACAUUUAAUAAAUAUUAUGUUGCAUUGUAAAAUCAAUGCAUAAUAUAGGGAUUUUUCAGAAGCAUAAUAGUGAAAUUCUCCUUUAACUGAUAUAUAAAGAAACGUAAGACAUACAUAAAGAAUUGCUGAAGAAUUUGUCAUCACUCUAUUUAUGAAAGGAAUAUACAAGUUGAGAUAGUGAUAUAAAGUAAAUAUGUUUGCCUUAUUUAAUUUCCAGAGCUUAUUGACAAUAAUAUUGUUAUCAGUAUGCACUUGUACAUACACUAGAUUGAUAUUCCCAAGUCUAGUGGAUAAAAAUAAAAAUGGAUUAUUAGGAGUACUUUGGAAAUGUGCUAGAGUUGGUGAAAGGAAAAGCCCAUAUGUAGCGGUAGGCUGCUGUUUUAUGGCAAUGAGUAUUUUAUUUUUGACAUAAAUUAAAGCUAAGAAACAUAAAUUAAAUUUUAUAAGUUUUUUG